AUGGCCAACAUGCGAAGAGACUCGAAUGCGUCGAGCUCAGCGCAGCGUUUGCCUGUGAACCAGCGGCGCCAUAGAGUCGCGCCGGAACAGCGAAAGCGUGUCGCAACAGCCUGCAAUAGCUGCAAUAUCAGGAGAAUCAAAUGCUCUGGGGAGCGUCCCUGCGCGCAAUGUCGUAGCACAUCCAGAGACUGUGAAUACCCAACGAUUGUUGAGAAGGUUCAAAUAGCUCGAACUGAGUUGGAAGAUCUAAAAGCAAAAUGCGCCCGCUUAGAAGCAUGUUUGGAGCAAGUCGUGCCAGAAGAGUCUCGUCGACAAGAUCUCAUGGCUCAAGUUGUCUCCGGCGUACACAGUGUCGACAGCUCCGCUACCAGCACUGCUACUCCUGAGAAUGGCUAUGGAACGGAGGAAGACACUGAAGGUCGCCUCCUCCAAGGCCGCCUCCUCCAGGACCCCGACGGCGCCAUGCGCUACCUAGGAUCGACAUCAGGCGCAACCUUCCUAGAUCUCAUCAAGGAGUUCAUGCAUGCCGUCUUCCCACUGGCACGGCCAGUACCAGACCAUCGACCCGAGAUGACAUUCCUUGGUUCUCUCGGAAGCUAUCAGACAUGGGACUCGCGGCCACUGGCCCUGCAAGACGUUGACCCGUUGGAGCACCCUUCGAAAACAGAAAUGGCCAUCAUGAUGACUCAACUGCGAUAUUUUGUCCAGGACGGCAGUGGCGAUUUUGUGUCUGGCGGGAUCUACUACUGGAGUGAUUUUGACUUGUCACUUUUCGACACCAAACCUGCCGAAAACACUACCGAUCCCAAUCUGCUGCGGAACCUCGCGCAUUUCCAUGCAGCAGUUGCUAUGGCAUAUCAACUUAAUGCAUCUUCUGAAAAUGCUACUGAGAGCUCGUUACGUGGGGAGAUGUUCUUUGCCAAGGCCCGAUGGAUACUCGGAAACCCACUGGACACAACACUGAACAAUGUUUUCGACAUCCCCAUACUAUCUAUGCUGAGCAUUUACUUGGUCGAAAAGAAUCGGAGAGACGCUGCAUAUAUGUAUGUCAGCCUCGGCAUGCAUAUUGCGGUUAUGAAUGGUAUACAUAGGGGAUGGGUACACAACGAGCAAUGCAAGCGGUCAUUCUGGACGCUUUACGUCCUAGACCGGUGGCUCAGUGUAUUAAAUGGCCGGCCACCAUCUAUACUUGAUGAGGCCAUCAAGCUAUCGCUCCCCACCGAAGCACCGGGGCUUCCGCCUGCCAUGGGGUUGCGGGCCCACGUAGAACUCGCCAAGAUUUCCGGGUACAUCGUCUGUAAUACGUACCGCAUAUCCCCAUGGGAGCAUCAUAUGACGAGUACCUCCGCGCGCAUCGAGAACGCUCUAAACCUACUCUCCAGUUGGGUUUCGAAGCUACCAAUAGAACUGCGGAUGGAUGGGGACCGACUGAGCACUGACAGAGCAUGCUGUCAGCUCCACAUGGCUUACAACCAGCUCGUGGUCCUUACCAUACGACCGAUAUUCUUCGUUGCUGUCAAGAAAGCCGUCGCAGAACGAUUCAUCACCCGGCGUGCAUACAACGUCGACAAGCACCCACAAAUAUCUCACAUCAAACUGUGUAUCAAAGCUGCCAGGAGGAAUGUAAGACUUGGUAGAUGGGUACGGGAUCUAAGUACCUCUCGGAAGCUGCUGUCUCAAUGUCUUCAUAAUCUUUUCAAUGCUGCAGUCAUCUUGCUACUCAACCAACUUCUGGCCGACGAACUUAAUGAAGACGACGCGCUGGGUAUCAUAUUCGUCAUCGACUGCUUUGACGCCGAAUCGCUUGGUGAGAGCAACUACUCGAAAGACUGUGCGCGUGUCCUUCGUGACAUGAGCGCACUUCUUCAGCGUCUUCGAAAUUCCAAAAUGGAUGAGCUGUCAUGGACGGGCAUGGAAUCAUUAUCGCUAACGUCCUCGGCGCCUCACGUCCAGCCGCCACCAGCCGCCACUGCAUAUCAUGUUGGUUUCAUACUGAAUCCGUCCGAGCCACAGAUUAGCCCCGUUCAUACACCGCCGACCAACGCGCUUAUGAGCCAGCUGGCAUCCUGGAUGCAUUAUGAUGAGUCGCAAAUAUACAACAAUUUCGCCAUGUGA